AACUCUCCAAACCAAAUCAAUUACAAUUGAAUUGAAUCCAUCCUCAUCACGAAAACGAAACCUUCCCCAAAAAACAUUUCCUUUGUCCUUUUCCGUUUCAGAGAUUAGAUCAUCUCAAAGGCAAGCAGCACCAAAAGUUUAUUCUACAUCGUCACGAUUCGCGUUGCUGUUUUUACUUUUGUCGGAAAAAUUCUUCGCUUUUGUCGCAAUUCUCAAUUAGCUCGCUUUGUCAAACAAAAACAACCAAUAGAUCCGGCAUCGCCGUGUAAUAGUCGCCGGAGGCGAUUUCAGCGUCGUAAGGUCGCCGUUAAUGGCGUUAACGUGGGGAUCUGCGCUUCGGAUUUCGGUUCUCCUUAUCCUUGUAGCUGCAAUUGUCUUAGCUUGCUAUUUUCUCCCCGUUGAGAAGCUUUUGAAGGAUUUUUUGUUAUGGGUUGAACAAGAUCUAGGGCCUUGGGGACCUUUUGUCCUAGCUGUUGCAUACAUUCCUCUAACAGUUUUGGCUGUUCCUGCCUCGGUUCUCACGAUCGGUGGUGGCUACCUUUUUGGGCUGCCAAUUGGUUUUGUGGCGGACUCAGUCGGUGCUACACUUGGCUCAGGAGCAGCAUUUCUUCUAGGCCGUACAAUUGGAAAACCUUUUGUAGUUGCAAAAUUGAAGGAUUAUCCUCAGUUUCAAUCGGUGGCACUCGCGAUUCAGAAAUCUGGUUUCAAGAUAUGCUUGCUGCUACGGCUUGCUCCUCUCCUCCCCUUCAGCAUGUUGAACUACCUCUUAUCUGUAACUCCAAUUCGGCUAGGCCCAUACUUGCUUUCUUCUUGGUUAGGGAUGAUGCCAAUAACGCUUGCGCUAGUGUAUGUCGGAACAACUCUUAAAGACCUUUCUGAUGUGACUCACAAGUGGAGGGAGUUCUCGCUAAGUCGCUGGGCGAUCUUGAUCUCGAGCCUUGUAAUAUCAGUGAUAUUAAUGGUCUGUGUUACGAAGGUGGCUAAGGACGCUCUAAGAAAAGCAUUAGCAGAGCACGGAGGAGACAUGAACGAAGCGGUUGCAGCCUCACCUGAGCUGACCGUUUCUGAAGAUGCUACGACGGAUCUAAACGAGCCUCUCUUAAUAAAGAUAGAUGCUCAACAACCUCAGGACCAAGAGAAAACCAUAGUCCUUAAGUAAAGCUACUGAAUACUUUGUAUAAUAAUAAUCUAUAUCUUCAACCUUACAAAGCAUAGUUUUUUCUUGAUUUGUAUAAUAACAUAGAUAUAAAAUUAUUUUCAGAACAAAAUUUGUUUUUUCUUUUGA